AUGAUGAUGUUGGUGAAAUGUAGAUAUCUUAGAUUAUGUUAUAACAAUAUUCGUAGCAAUAGAAUAGCAAAUAAUUACAAUAGUUAUAAUCUAAAUAAUAGAAUAUCAUUUUCUUCUUUCGGAUUUUCGAAACAAUAUGAAAACAUCAACCAAAGAAGGUCUUUUUGUAAUGAAUCAACAACACCAAAUUAUAUAUCAAAUCAAGAAUUUCAAAUAAAAGAAUCAGAGGUCAGAAGAAUAAUUUCAUUGUUGGUUGGAGGCAAACAUUAUCAAGACAAGAAACAACGGCUGGUUCUCAUUGAGAAUGAAUUGAAAUCAAAUGGAGUAGAAUCACAAUUGUCGAUAGAUAACAAAAAAGCACAAACACUCAAAGAGUGUCAGCGAUUAAAGAGAGAUAUAGAACAGAUAGAAGAGUUACAAUCAAAUUUCAUGUACUACGAAGAGAUAUCAGGAGAAGCAAAGAAAAAGAAUGAUCAAUCAAUGCUCUCUGAGAUGUCGGAGUGUAUCAGUGACCUCUAUCAACAAUCCACUGAUUUAGAGUUCAAAUCGAUUAUGUCUGGUGAGAAUGAUCAUGAAGAUUGCUAUCUAGAGAUUCACGCUGGUGCAGGUGGAGCAGAUUCAAUGGAUUGGUCAGAGAUACUAUCAAACAUGUACAGAAAAUGGUCACAAAGGAAAGAUUUUAAAGUGACAUUGGUAGAUAUAUCACCGGGUGAAGUUGGAUAUAAACGAGCGAUUUUAAAGAUAGAAGGAGAGUUUGCAUAUGGUUGGUGUAGAUCUGAAUCAGGCGUACAUAAACUUAUUAGAUUGUCUCCAUUUGAUUCUUCAGGUAAAAGACAUACAUCAUUUGCAUCAGUUUUAGCAUAUCCUGCAGUGGACGAUAGUAUUUCGAUAGAUUUACAAACAAAAGAUUUGCUCAUUGAAACGAUGAGAUCGAGUGGUCCAGGUGGUCAACAUAGUAAUAAGACCGAAAGUGCAGUUAGAAUAACCCAUACACCGACUGGUAUAUCAGUUGCUGUUUCUGAUCAACGAUCUCAGCAUCAAAACAAGUCUAUUGCAAUGGAUUUACUUAAAGCAAAGAUUAUGGCAUCAGAGAUUAAAAAGAGAGCACAACAAGAAGAAAGUUUUAGAUCUGAUUUGGGUGUAAAUGGUUGGGCAAGUGAUAGAAUUGUUAGAACCUAUACAAUGCAUCCACAAACAAGAGUAAAAGAUCAAAGAACCAAUUUGGAAUCACUUAAUAUCGAUGAAAUCUUGGAGGGUGGUGAUGAGUUGGAUAUAUUUAUUAAAACUGCACUCAGUCAAAAAUAA